CAGAGGACGGACUGGAGGAGAUUGACUUUAUCAGGCACACAGACAGAGAUUUUGGGAUGCGCAACUCGUGCGUAAAACCUUGGCACUUUCUACGGAUCGCGCAUGAAGCAACGAGAGGAAGCACCACCGCUUGAAGCAAUUCGUAUCUAUUAUCGUGGAAACGUUCAAACUUCAUAUUCUCAUUGUAAAUCUUCGGAAACGGGGGAGGAGAUAUUUAAAGAGGAGGGGAAGGAUAUCUUGUAUGAGGGCAAACGCAACAAAGGCAGACUGAAUGUGAUGGUCAAGCCGACUUCAGAAGGGAAAAGUGAAGGGGAACACCAGUGGAGAUAAAACGAUGUGUCAACACUGGACUUUGAAAAUCUACCCUGACACAAAACUGCUGAUUUAGGGAUCAAGGACACCGAACAUCCUCAGUGAAUCACAGACCAACUCUGCUAGGGUGAGAUUUUCACCAGACAUAAUCUGACAGGAUUUAUAUUCAUGCAUAAAAUGUCUUUAUGUCUGUAAAAGUAUGUACAGUGAAUAGGAGUGCAUGGGAAAAGGUAACAUAAUUCUUUGAUGUUUCUCUCAAACACCCUAUUAACUGAAACAACAGUGAAACUAUACUGAUCCUAAAUGAAUUGACUUUUGCUGGGAACUGUUGCUCUACAGACUGAUCCUCUACACUGAUGUAAUUGAGCCUUUGUGUUUGCUGAACUGUGCAUAACUAACUUUUCACGCUCAAUACCAAAUUACUCAUGUAUCUUGUGAAAGAGGUGUCUAAAAAAAGGGAAACAAAUCCACCCAUGAUCUUUCAAAAAAAGUAAUUUGUAAUAUAUUUAUAAUUGGUUAAAAUUGUUUUCACAAUGCUCAGAGACUCUUAGUGUUUUCAAACAUGGAGAAUGUGUCCGUCUCUGGUGGGGCACCCCCAGUCUGCAACGACUCUGUGGAUUUCUACUCCCUGACAUCCGGGAACAUCAGUGACCUGAACUGCACUCUACCUUCAGAGUUUUACUUCUACGCUGACUUUUACGUCAUUUUACCGAUCAUCUACUCUGUGAUCUGCGCAGUGGGGCUGACAGGCAACACGGCCGUCAUCUACGUGAUCCUCAAAGCCCCCAAGAUGAAAACAGUAACCAAUAUGUUCAUCCUGAACUUAGCCAUCGCCGAUGAUUUGUUCACUUUGGUGUUGCCGAUCAACAUAGCCGAACACUUGCUGCACUACUGGCCUUUUGGUGAUGUUUUGUGCAAAGUCAUCCUCAGCAUAGACCACUACAACAUUUUCUCCAGUAUCUAUUUCCUGACUGUCAUGAGCAUUGACCGCUACCUGGUUGUUUUGGCCACAGUGAGGUCCAAACGCAUGCCUUACCGCACCUACCGAGCAGCCAAGAUCAUCUCACUAUGUGUCUGGAUCCUCGUUAUCCUCAUCGUCAUGCCUUUCACUGUUUUCGCCGGGGUCUUCGUCAACCCAGACGAUGGGAGGAAGAGCUGCGUGCUCAGCUUCCCCAGCCCCGAGAGUUUCUGGUUCAAAGCGAGCCGGAUCUACACGCUCAUCUUGGGCUUCGCCAUUCCGGUUUCCACCAUCUGCAUCUUAUACACCAUGAUGCUCUACAAGCUGAGGAACAUGCGGCUCAACAGCAAUGCCAAAGCGCUGGACAAAGCCAAGAAGAAAGUGACCAUCAUGGUGUUUAUCGUCUUGGCUGUGUGCUUGUUCUGCUGGACGCCGUUCCACCUCAGCACCAUUGUGGCUCUGACGACAGACCUGAGGACCACGCCACUCCUGAUCGGGAUCUCCUACUUCAUAACCAGCCUGAGCUACGCCAACUCCUGCCUCAACCCGUUCCUCUACGCCUUCCUGGACGACAGCUUCAGGAAAGCCUUCAAGAAAAUGCUGGAAUGUAGAACGGCCUGAAUGUACCAUAGUGUGACAAACGAAACCUGUUGCAGAGAUCUACAGAGAUGUGCUGAGUUAGGACUGAAUGUGAUGGAAAAGUCUGAUAGCAGAGAUUUAUGUUCAAAUCUAAAAUUCACAAUGUCUUUUUUUCGCAGAUUUGAAUUGCUUGGUUUGUUAAAGCUGCACUAGGCAAAUAUGCACUUUGUUUGCACAUGAUAGCAACAGGUAGCUAUCUUUUGUUUUAAAUCACCUGAUGAGACACGAAGAUUUUAUUUAUCCGUUCUUUUUUUUGUUUUUACAUCAUUUGCCUAGUGCGGCCUUUAAUGGCUCUGAGAGCACAGUGUAAGAGAGAACAUAUUGAACUUUAUAGAAAUGGGCAAUAUUGUUUGCAAUAAGGAAUGUUUGACAUCCAGGACAAAAUAUAGCAUUGAAAACAACUUUGAGCUGAAUUACCCAUCGUCAUCGUCUACAAGACGGGUCAUUAAUUCGGAUCAUUUUAGUUACAAUUAUAUCAGACAUUUUCCAUGAGGAUAUAAACAUGUAAUUGUGAGGCAGCAAGCCAAGACGUGCAUCUGCAAACAGUUGUGACCUUCACUGAACUUCAACCCAACUGAGAACUGAGGAUUGCCUCUGAGGGAGGGAACAUCUGCUGUGUGGAGAAAAUACAGUUCAACACAGUGUCAUUGAUUUGCAUGCUGUCAAUCAAAUCAACUUCAUGAGCAUAGUCAGGGUUGGAGGGAUGCAUGUCAGGCCGUUAUUAUCCAUUGCAAAAAGUUGAGGGAAAAAGUUGAUUAUAAAAACAACAUUUGAUGAACUAUUGAGAAAGAUUAUCUGAUCAUGAAUGUAAAAAACGUAAUCUGCCUUUAAAUGAUGCUUUGUUUUGAGUUAUAUGAAAGCAGAUAAAUUAUACAUUUGUAAAUUACUAAAGGUUUUAAGGUUCGCAACCAGGUGUACAAUUAUCAUGAUCCAUUGGCAAAAUAUGACCCAGACAAUGACAUUGGACUCUUUAAAUGAGGUCACUGCUUGGACCAACAAGUUAAUCAUAUAAGUAACACCUAACAAAAUAAAAAAUGCAACUUUACCAAUGCUGACACAUUACUGUAGGUCUGCUAUUCGACAUGGGACAGGAGGGCUAAGUGAAAUAUAAUCUGAAUUUUCUGUGAGCUUUUGUCGCCCUCUGUUGUCAACAGGGCUGUGUUACGUGAACAUGCAGCCGGGCCCUUUUAUAGAGCGUGUGGCAAAAAUGCCCUUAAGGGGAGUUAAAGUCUUACACAGCUUGUUUCAGUGGUUUACAGUUAUUCCUUCUGUUUUCGGAUAUUAUCUGCAAUUCAAUGAGAUUCACAAUCAGCAUUUAUUGCCCAUCUCCUUCUAGCGUUCCUGUGUCACAGUUGAAGAGCAUGAAGACAUUGAAAAAAACAUGAUGAUGAUUUACUAUGUCAAAUCACAACACCAAUACAACAAAUAUACAUAUACAGCAACAUAAACUCAUUUUAAAUUAAUCUACAACAUAGUUUAACAUAAUAUAAAGACAUGUGGAACAUAUACAUUUGGUUGAGCUGGGUUGCUUAAAAUACUUAAAUGCUUGUACUUAAUGUAAUUACACUUAUAAUGAUUUAAAAGUGUUGUUUAUCAUGUAAUGUGUGUAGAGCUUUCUCCAUGUGCUUGAAAGUUGAAAAAAUAAUAAUUGCCUGUUCAAAUUCACAGGAGAGUUACAACAAAUCUUGAGACUUCUGAAAAGUAAGACAGUAUUCUGAACAAGAACAUAUUGAAAUCACUUACCCAGAAAUGUUUUGCAAAUCAUGACACACAACGUCAGUGUAACUCCUUUCAGACUGAUGGCUACAAACCCAGCAAACAUCACAAGCUUGCAGCAGCAGCAACUCCUCUGUACUGUGUGUCCUGCUGUAAAUGGUUAUUUUAAAUCACAAUUUAAUUGUACAAUCAUAGAAAUGUAUAGUCAAAUAUUCUUCAUUCUAAUAUGAAAUUUGGUUGAAGAUCCUGAUUCAAUGUAUUUUAUGCAGCUUGUUAUAAAAAUAACAAAAUAUCAUGUCAUUAAAUGUAUUUAUGAAUUUAAACCAAUCAUUCAUGUCUUUCAAUACCUGAUAAU